AUGGCAAAUACAAAAAUUCAGACACAGAUCGCGGACUUGAGCGAAGCCACUCGGAUCUUAAACUCGUCAGUCGAAUGCCUAAUCGCUCAGUGGAAGUCGGACGAUGCAGAGGGCCAGAUCCUUGAGAACGGCGUACUGUUACCGACCAGAGCUUCCUACGAUGCCCACAAAACCAUUCUGGGCGCGAUUGGCAAGAUCCAAGAGCUCGUUUCGAGCCCACCCAUACGGCUGAUUGAGACCUCGUGCCAAUUCUACGAGAGCAGGGCGCUGCAUAUUGCGGCUGAGCACCGGAUUGCCGACCUCGUGGCUGCAAACGACGAGAAGGGAGUGGCUGUUGACGAGCUGGCGCAGAAAACUAACGUGGAUGCAGGCAUGCUUUUGCGCAUACUUCGAGUAUUAACUUCGAUCGGUAUCUUUCGUGAGAUUUCCGACACAUACUUUGCCAACAAUCGCGUUUCCGCAAGUUUGGUUAGAAAUGAGAGUCUUCGGUCAUAUCUCAUGGUCUUCUCGAUCUGCCAUUACAAGGUCACUGAGAGUCUUCCCGCAGCUAUUCGACGGUCCGGAAGAGGCUAUGCUGCGACAAACACGAACACGGCAUUCAACAUCGCCUAUGAUACCAAUCUGUCCUUCUGGGACUGGCUGAAUACGGAAGUGAAACAGGAUGACGGCACAGUUGGACCACGACCGGAAUUGGACUACUUUGCCAAGGCCAUGACAGGUAUAGGCCGAGUAAGUAGCACAGCAAUGAUUUACGAUUAUCCAUGGGACACGCUCGGUAAUGGGAUCGUGGUGGAUGUUGGUGGCGGGGUAGGUACGCACUCCAUGAACGUCGCGCGAGUGUAUCCCAAUUUGAACUUCAUCGUCCAAGAUCGUCCGGAGGUCAUCGAGAAAGGUGUGGCUCUAUGGACUAGAGAGCUGCCCGAAUAUGUCCAGAAUGGCAAAGUCCAAUUGACUCCAGGGGAUUUUUUCCAGCCGCAAUCGGUGACUGGAGCGGCUGUAUAUUUCCUUCAUACGAUCCUACAUGACUGGCCUGACGCUGAAUGCAUCCAAAUUCUCAAAGCCCUGACGACUGCGAUGACGCCUGAUUCCCGCGUGCUGAUCGGUGAAAUGGUCAUCAACAACUCGCUGGGCACCAAAGAAAUCCCCGACGCACCAAAGCCGCUACCGGCGGACUACGGCAUCUACAACCGAUACAGCCACGAGCGUGAUCUGGUCAUGAUGUCCCUCUUCAACAGCAAAGAACGGACGAUGGAUGACUUUAGGGGUUUGAUUCACCAGGCUGGCCUGGUGGUGGAGAAGGUUUACGAGUGUCGGAGUCAGAUGAGCCUGAUCGAGUGUAGGUUACCGAAGAGCUAG